AUGCUCCAGCAGGCGGAGACCCUGUACGCGCAGGAGAACCCGAAGAGCCGCGUGAAGAGUCUGAAGGACGCGCUGGCACUGACGCAGGAGGUGGAGCGCGCGGCCACCCUUGGCACGCAAGGAACACGAGCGCCGCUUCUUCAACGACGUCGCGAACACGUGGGUGCAGAUUGCCUACGUGAAGUACAUGACGCAGCAGGAGGCGGAGGCGGAACGGAUUCUCUCACGCUGGUGCUGGACGCGAAGCCGUCCUCUGCGGUCACCACGGCUGUCGCCUCCAUCAACUGGACGGCUCUUCGGCGUGACAAGGACUUCGUGGACGCCAGCAAGAAGCUCAGGUCGGCGCAGAACGCAAAAGCGGCCUCCCGCCUCACCUCCAAGCAGAACUUGACAGUGCGCUACAACACCGCCCUGUUGCACCUGAACUCAGGCAACCUGCGCAGCUGCAAGAAGCUAGUGGAGGCGAUGGCCAAGGAGGAAACAAAAGGAAAGAAGACUCCAGGAGCCAACGCCGCCGUCAGCUCGACCGAGACGCUGGUCCAAGACUUCAUCGCGAAGCGGUCCUCCGAAAGGAGCAAGCUGUCUCCCUUGAUUGCGGUGCAGGUCUACCUUGAAGCGGGCGACCUUGCCAAGGCCCUGGAGGCGCUCAACAGCAGCGCGCUCGUGGACGUCGCGAACACGCCGUCCGGCGUCGCCACCCGCGCGGCCUGGCUUUGUCAGCUUGGCCGCCUCUCAGACGCCGCCGCGCUGAUUGAGGCUGCCGUGCAAAAGCUCCCCGCCGCCGGGCAGAAGGCGCUGCUGUCCUGGGCGGUGCACUACUUCGCCACGCAGGAGGGGCCUGUUGGCAACGCGCAGUCGGUGGCGCUUCUGAAGGCUGUUUGCGCCGCCGUCCCCGCACUUGCCGCUGACCAAGAGAUCUCCGCGAUGCUGGGGCUCGGCCUGGCCAUGCGCGGGGACGCCGCAAGCCUCGCCGAGGCCCGCCAGUGUCUCUCCAAGGUGACAGGCAGUAGUAGCAGCCCAAGCAGCAGCAACAACAACAGGGACACGUCCGCGUCUCUGUCCACGAAAGAAAUCGACGCACUCGGGAAGAAGCUGCCAAGUCGCGCCGCCGUCGAGGAACGCGGCUUCCACCGGCACGUGGCAGUGACCGACGAUGACAGCGCCGCAGCAACAGCUGCAACUACCACAGAGCGGCAGCAGCAGCAGCAGUCGUGGCUGAAGAAACGUCGCGCACGUCCGAUGCGCCACCCGCCAAAGGUCGCACCCGAGAAGGGGAAACUGCCGGACCCGGAGCGUUGGGUGCCCAUGUCGAUGCGCUCCUACAUCAAGGAUCUGCCAGAUCGCAAGAAGAAAGAGCUCAAGCGCCUGCGCGCACAGGAGCAGGAGCAGAAGCGCAGGGCGGCGGAGAAGAGGAAGGCGGAGGCCGCAGCAGCAGCAGCAGCGGAAACGGAAGCGAGUGCGUAA